AGCAUUUGGUCGGUUUGUAGUGUGAAGCGACGUGCCCCGCCGCCAAAGCGGAAACAUCGACCCGUGCUUGUUUCACACCGUGCGGUUGUGUGACCGGACAGUGUGUUCCCCAGCUGAUCCAUCAAGAUCAUGAGCAAAGACUCCCAGAUGCGGGCUGCGAUCAACCAGAAGCUGAUCGAGAUGGGGGAGCGGGAGCGGUUGAAGGAGCUGCUCAGGGCCAAGCUGGUGGAGUGUGGCUGGAAGGACCAGCUGAAGGCACAAUGCAAAGAUGUGAUCAGAGAAAAGGGCCUGGAGCAUGUGACCGUUGAGGACCUGGUCACAGAAGUCACACCGAAAGGAAGAGCCCUCGUACCGGACAGUGUGAAGAAAGAGCUGCUGCAGAGAAUCCGAGCUUUUCUGGCUCAACACGCGACUUUGUGAAUGAGACCACGACGAGCCAUUUUUUUUGUACUCACUGUAAAUCCACAAGUCCGACUGUUUGUUGCCAUCGUGAGCAUUGCCGAGUUGUUGCUUUUAUUUUGUAUUGUGUGUUUUCAUAUUGAUUUAAGUUUGUUAUGCAGCAGUUUUGGGGGGGAAAUACAAAUAAAGUCAUGCCUAUUUUGGUCA